AUGACGGCAUUCACAAUGGAAGACGUUGCAGCUCAUAAAAGCAGGAAUGACCUGUGGGUUGCUAUCCAUGGAAAAGUUUAUGACGUAACAAAAUACGUGCAAGAUCAUCCGGGUGGAGCAGAUGUUCUGAUCGAUGUUGCUGGACAAGACGCGACUGGCGCAUACGAAGACGUUGGGCAUUCUGAGGACGCGAACGAAAUCUUGGAGGCAUACUAUAUCGGUACCCUGAAGGAUGCUGGCCAGUAUAAGCGCCCAGCUGCUGUGCGUGUCAUCCAGCAGAUCCCUGCUAAGGAAGACGAAAAAACGCGACUACAAACUACCCGCACCCUUGCUGUCAUGGCUGCCUCUUUCAGCGGCAUCGUCUCACUAUAUCUUGCGCCCACUUCCGCCCUAAGCCACAUCAACCUACAGGACCUUCCCAGUAGGCUUCCAUGGCUUUCGCACCUCACUUUAGCCAAACUCGCUAUACCCCGCUUACCCCAAGGGGGAUUUGUCAAUGGAUUCGCAGCUGCAGCCCUGCUUUCGGCCGUAGCUGCAACCGUGAUUGGGUCCGGACUCUCCAAAUUCACGCAUAUCGAUUCUGGUUUCACCAGAUAUCCACCGCGAAUCAAACGAAGCACACUCGCAAAAGAGAAUCCCCAUCUCAUGCCAGGAUUCCUGCACCCAAAAGAAUACAAGCCUCUCCCUUUAGUGGAAAAGGUUCUCUUAGCCCCGAACGUCUAUCGCUUCGUGUGUCAACUGCCAAAUACAACAGAUGUGAUAGGCAUUCCCAUCGGCCAGCAUGUCGCGAUCAAGGCGACAGUAAACGGACAGUCAGUCUCAAGGUCCUACACCCCCACCUCAAACAACCUGGACCGGGGAAAAUUGGAAUUGUUGAUCAAGUGCUACCCUGACGGCUUGCUGACUGGGCAAUACCUUGCAAACCUGAAGCUGGGUGACAAAAUACAGUUCCGUGGUCCCAAAGGUGCUAUGAGAUAUAAGAAAGGCAUCUGCAAGAAGAUUGGAAUGAUCGCUGGUGGUACUGGCAUCACCCCCAUGUACCAACUCAUUCGCGCUAUCUGUGAAGACGACACCGAUACCACUGAGAUCAACCUUAUCUACGCCAAUCGUGGGGAGGAGGAUAUUCUUUUGAGAGAAGAACUCGAGACCUUUGCUGUCAAUUUUCCCCAGAACUUUAAGAUUUGGUACAUGUUGGACAGCCCGCCCCAGAAGUGGGCUUAUGGCAAGGGCUAUGUCACAGCGGCUGUGAUGCGGGAAAGGCUCCCGGCUCCUUCUCCAGAUACGAAACUCAUGCUUUGUGGACCACCGGGUAUGGUCAAUGCCUCGAAGCAGGCCCUUGUGGGGCUGGGCUUCCAGGCUCCUGGUGCCGUCUCUAAGAUGGACGAUCAGAUCUUUUGCUUCUAG